CUGUUCACCAAAUUUUGAUUUUGGCGGUACCACCGAAAAAUGCUAUAGACGCUCUCCCUCCGUUUUAUCGAUCUGUGUCGACAGCUUGGUUUGCUCUGGAACGAAAGUUUGUGGACAAUGAAUACGUCAUUUGCGGUCUUCGGAAAUCUGUGGUCAAGCUUGAACAGCUGUCGGCAAGUUUCGUCUAUGACACCCUGUCUCACCAACAUCGUAAGCAACAUCGAUGCGUCGAAAA